UCGAAUCUGUAGUCCCUUGCAUUUCUUCACCAAUUUAUCUUCCAUGUUUGUUAAUUUGAUAUUGCUUGCUUGUUUCUCUUCUUUUUUGAUUUGAUUAGAUGCUAAAUUGCUUGUUGUCAACGAUCACGAUCUGUUGUCUACUUUUGAGCUUACGGUGUUAAUCAUACUAUAUUUUGGUUAAGAUUGAGAAGAUUUUGAGAACAAUCUGGUCGGUCAAUUCUUCUGAACCAUAAGCAUCAUUGACAUUUCAAUUACGUCAGUUGAAUUUAGAUCCGUGCGUAUUUUUGAUCUAGUUUUUUGGAGUUCGGAGAUCUAUUUAAUAUAAGCAGCUGUAAAUCAAGAUGAAUGUGGAAUUAGGCGCAUUAGUUUCUUAUUAGUCUCUGAGAUCCUGGGUUGCAGUGACCGCUGCCCGUUUUUCUAUUUUCCCUGUAUUUUGUAAGGAAAUGUUGCUUAACUAUGCAGUAAAGACGGAAAUGGAGGGCACGGUAUUCAGACCUGCAUUGGAAGGAAUGCAGCAUGUUAAGUCGGAAGAUGGAAUAAUGCUAACCAAGCCAUUCUUGGAUGUAUGCAACCUUAUUUUACCUGUGAUCGAAAAAUUUGGAGCUGCUAUGGCAAUUGUCAAAUCUGACAUCGGAGGCAAUAUAACUAGACUAGAAAACAAAUAUUUGUCAAAUCCAACAAAGUAUAUCCAUCUAUACACUAUGGUACAAGAAGAAGUUGAUGCUAAGACUGCUAAAGGCUCAUCUAGUUGCACCAAUGGCCUCCUGUGGUUGACAAGGGCAAUGGAUUUCUUGGUAGAGUUAUUUCGGAAUUUAAUUCAUCAUCAAGACUGGUCUAUGUCUCUAGCAUGUAGUGAUGCCUAUGCGAAGACCCUGAAAAAGUGGCAUGGUUGGCUGGCUAGUUCAAGUUUUUCUCUUGCUAUGAAGCUCGCUCCUGAUAGGAAAAAGUUCUUGGACGUCGUUGCCGGAGAUGGUGAUGCUAAUAGUGAUAUUGAGAAAUUUUGCAACACUUUCUCACCAUUUCUUGAGGAGAACCACAAAUUCUUGGCUAGCGUUGGCUUGGAUGAUCUAAAGGCAUCUUAGACUUGGAUGAAUGAUGUGAGGAAAAUUAUCACCUGCGGCAAUUAUUAACUAUAUUGCUAUACGAAUGCUGAUAAAUUAAACAUAAAAUAUUACUACGUCUUAAUGCAUAUGUAACAUUUGACUCGGCAAGUUAUGUAUUCUUACUUGGUUUCGUUUAUCUGAAAGUCUUGAAUCUUGGUUUUAUUUUUGUAUGAAUGUAUCAUCUCAUCCAGGAUGUGAA